AUGCCUGUGAAUAACCUUGCAAGCGCCCUUUCAGCUCGAUUUGAACAUCAUGGACGAACUACAGACCUUGAUGAAGCUGUUGAGCUUCAGCGAUCUGCCGUGCAGCUUUGCUGCUACAGUCAUCCCGAUUGUUCCUUGUCUCUUAAUAAUCUUGCAAACAUCCUUCAGACUCGGUUUGAACAGUAUGGUCAUUCGACUGAUUUGGAUGAGUCCAUUGAGCUUCACCGUUCAGCUCUGGAGCUUCGUCCCAGUGGCCAUCCCAAUCGUUCCUCGUCUCUGACUAACCUUGCGCGUUCCCUUCAAAUUCGAUUUCGACAGCAUGGACGAGACACGGAUGUUGAUGAGGCCAUCAAGUACAGUCGUGCUGCAUUGGAACGUUUCCCCUGCGAUCACCCAAAUCGUUCCACGCCUCCGAUGAUCCUUGCAGCAGCCCUUCGAACUCGAUUUGAACAGCAUGGGCAAACGGCAGAUCUUGAUGAGGCCAUUGACUAUCAUCGUACGGUCCUGGAGCUUUGUCCCAACGGCCAUCCCAAUCGUCCCAUGUCUCUGAAUAGCCUUGCGUAUGCUCUUCAAACUCGAUUUAGACAGCAUGGUCAGACUUCAGACAUUGAUGAAGCCAUCAAGCAUCAUUGUACUGCCCUAGAACUUCGCCCAGAUGGCUGCGCCAGUCGCUCCACGUCUCUGAAUAACCUUGCGAGUACACUGCAGGCCAGAUUUGGUCAAUAUGGACAAACAACUGAUCUGGAUGAAGCCGUUGAGCACUAUCGUGUUGCAUUAGACCUUUUCCCCGAUGGCCAUCACAUUCGUCCUAUGUUCCUGAGUAAUCUUGCAAUUGCUCUUCAAACUCGAUUCGAACAUUAUGGAUGGACAGCGGACCUCGAUGAGGCGGUUGAGCUUCACCAUUCUGCUGUUGAGCUUUACCCCAACGGUCAUGCCUCCCGUUCCAUGUCUCUUAAUAACCUCGCUUUUUGCCUUUAUAUUUGA